CUUUAGCAACAACCCAAUUCCUCAAAAGACAUGAUUUUUUAUUAUUAUUUUUUCUCUCUCUUUGCAAUAUCUGCAAUUUAGUGAAAAUCAGUCUGCAUGAAGCACAUUAGACCAAUAUAAAAUCCCAUAGGCAGCUUUAUUUCACAUGUACAUAAACUCAAAACUUACGAUAAAACGUCAUCACUCAAUACUCAUCUAUUAUAUGAUUGCAUAAUAAACACUCUAGAGAGAGAUGGGGAGAGAAAUGUGUGCAAGAAUGGGUGGUGGAUUCUGCAACACAAUAAGCAAGCCAUGGAAAAGAAUGGGAAAAUGCAUAGAUGAAGCAGUUUCAAAGAGCAUUAUUGGGAAGUUUUUCAAAUUGGAGGCAAGAAAGAGCUGUCUCAGUAGGGAGUUGCGCGCCGGCACUGCCACUUUUCUCACCAUGGCAUAUAUUAUAACUGUUAAUGCUACCAUCCUCGCCGACUCCGGUGGGACGUGUUCGGUUUCCGAUUGCUCUGUGUCUGUGAAUCAAACUGCUAGUUCAGAUUGCAUGCUGAAACCUAAUGCAGGUUACCAGAACUGUCUUUCCAAGAUCAAGAAUGACCUUAUUAUUGCUACAGCCUUGUCAUCUAUGAUAGGGUCAUUUGCCAUGGGCUUAUUUGCCAACCUUCCAUUAGGCCUGGCUCCAGGUAUGGGCCCAAAUGCUUACUUGGCUUACAACUUGGUGGGCUUCCAUGGGUCUGGCUCCAUUUCUUACAAGACUGCUAUGGCUGUAGUCUUAGUUGAAGGCUGUGCAUUUCUAGCCAUUGCUGUUUUUGGGCUUCGCGCAAAGCUGGCUCGGUUCAUCCCACAGCCGGUUCGUCUGGCUUGUGCUGCAGGCAUUGGGCUUUUCAUUGCAUUUGUAGGCCUACAGGCCCACCAGGGUGUGGGCCUGAUCGGCUCCGACCCAUCAACAUUGCUAACAAUCACUGCUUGCAAGAGUACAAAUCCAGUAACUGGGGACUGCACUGGAGGGAAAAUGCAAAGUCCAACUUUCUGGCUUGGCUCAUUGGGAUUCUUAAUCAUGUCUUAUGGUUUAAUGAAGAAUAUUAAAGGUAGCAUGAUAUAUGGAAUACUUACUGUUACAUUAAUUUCAUGGAUUAGAGGCACUAAUGUGACAAUUUUUCCUAAUACCCCACUUGGAGAUUCAAAUUAUAAGUACUUUAAGAAAGUAAUUGAUUUCCAUAAAAUUAGGUCCACUGCUGGGAUAAUUAGCUUAACUAACUUCAACAGGAGUGAAGUUUGGGUGGCUCUAGUGACAUUGUUAUAUGUAGAUGUGCUAGCCACCACUGGUACAUUGUAUACCAUGGCAGAAAUUGGAGGUUUUGUAAAUGAGGAAGGAGUUUUUGAGGGGGAAUACAUGGCAUACAUGGUAGAUGCAGGCUCAACCGUUGUGGGGUCAGCUCUUGGAGUUUCUCCGAUCGCCACCUACAUCGAAUCAUCAGCUGGGAUCCGAGAAGGAGGUCGAACUGGAUUAACAGCCGUGAUCAUCGGAAUAUAUUUUGGGUUAUCGUUGUUUUUCAGUCCUUUGCUCACUAGUGUACCUCCAUGGGCAAUAGGUCCAUCUCUAGUAAUGGUUGGAGUGCUGAUGAUGAAAGUGGUUAAAGAUAUAGAUUGGAACAAUAUUAGGGAGGCAGUGCCAGCAUUUUUCACCAUGAUUCUAAUGCCUCUAACUUAUUCCAUAUCAAAUGGAAUUAUUGGAGGGAUUGGGAUAUACAUUGCUCUUGGAUUAUAUGAUCAUGUUGUGGGGUGGAUCAAGUGGGCUAUGAAAAUGAGAAAAAUGAUGGCGCAGGAGCAAAAUCAAGUAUCAGCAGAUCAUAAUCUCGAGGUCAUCUGAUUAAUUCAAGAUUGAAUAAUAUUUCUCUGAUUUUCAAGUUUUAAUGAAUGCACAAGCCACCUUGAGAGAUCAUGAUCAUCCGGAAGAGGACAUAGAAAUGAAUUAGGCACAGGAAACUGAACUUUCAAGGGCACUUGUGCAUUUCUUUUCUUAUUGUAAAAUUUUAGUUGUAAACCAAGAAUUCAACUAAUGUAGGCUUGGUGCAGUUUGUUUGUACUGGAAUUCUCCCCUUCUCCAACUCGAUUUUAGUUUUUUGGAUCAUGAAAUAAAUUCCCAUAAAGAUAA